AUGGCCGUCGCAUCUAUACAAGACCGCACGGCUGAGUUCCGGUCUGUGCUCACUCAAGUUCAAAGACGGCAAGCCUCGUCUAAGGUCGGCGCGCAGAGGAGGUCGCUUUUAACAGACUCGCAAAAAGCAGCCGCUAAUGGCGAUGCGCAACCGCAUCGGAGAUCCGAAUUUGCUAGGCGCGCCGCUGAGAUAGGGCGCGGGAUCGCUGCCACGAUGGGUAAAUUAGAGAAGCUGGCGCAGCUGGCGAAACGCAAGACAUUAUUUGACGACCGACCCAUCGAGAUUAACGAGCUCACUUUUAUAAUAAAACAAGACUUAUCUUCCCUAAACCAGCAGAUUAGCGGACUACAGUCGUUAACGCGACAGCAACACCCUAAAGCGGAUCAAGAAGGCGAACAUAAUAAGAAUAUCGUAUUAAUGCUACAAGGCAAACUUAGUGACGUUGGAGCCAACUUCAAGGACGUACUUGAGGUACGCACCAAGAAUAUCCAGGCAUCGCGGUCGCGCACCGAAAACUUUAUAUCCUCUGUUUCGCAACACGCCCAAUCGUCGUCUCUCCAGCAAUCUGCGAGUCCCUUGUACGGAACACCGAACCGCGGCACGCCGUCGCCCGGCGCGGACUUAUUGACACUAAACCCACCAUCCGCGAUAGGCGAUCAACAGCUGCUUAUGAUGGAGGAGGCGGCACCGCAGAACUCAUAUAUCCAGCAACGAGGCGAAGCCAUCGAGGCUAUAGAGAAAACCAUCAGCGAGCUAGGGUCAAUCUUUGGGCAACUAGCGCAGAUGGUAUCGGAGCAGAGCGAGAUGAUCCAGCGCAUUGACGCCAACACCGAGGACGUUGUCGAUAAUGUUCAAGGCGCUCAGCGUGAAUUGCUCAAAUACUGGUCCCGUGUAUCGAGUAAUCGGUGGUUGAUUGCUAAGAUGUUUGGCGUACUGAUGAUAUUCUUCCUCUUAUGGGUUCUUAUUGCCGGUUAA